AUGGUACGGAUCCGUCAUAUCAUGGAGAUGCGUCGAGCAUGCAAGGCUCCGCCCCUUCUACCGCCGAAACUGAGGAAAGAAGGCUCUGAGAGCACUGAUCGUCGUGGUCCGAAAGAUGUGAUGGAUUUGACAUUCCGAGUGAAUACACUGGCUCCCGAGAGAUAUCCAUCCAGUAGUUUCUAUCUUCAUCUCUACGAAAGUCAGGAUUCUUCAGAAGGACCCUGGAAUUUGAUGACUCGGUUCGAUUUGGAAAUCCGUUCGAUGGGAGCUGACAAUGUGGAUUCUUGCAAUUGCAGUUGUACAGUGCUUCUAUCGGUAUUUGAUGACAGAGAAUCAGAAGAGAUUCUUCGAAUAUGCAGCUAUCCAUCUGAACGUUCGUCUUGUCCAUAUCCCACUCACGUUCAUGCUCGGAUUCUUCGUGACAAUUGUGGUGGAUAG